AUGCCUCCGGAACUGAUUGUCAUAGACAGCUCAGAAUCCGAAGAUAAAAAGAGCCUUGGUGCCAGACAACUUUCUAAAACGGCGCUUGGUAAGCGCAAAGCUGAGCCUGUCCCGCCACCCAUUGAGACUAUUCCCUGGACAGACUCAGAAGAGGAAGCAGAGAAGGAAAGGACCAGGAAGAGACGAGCGAAGGAAAGGCGCAGUGCAAAAAAGAAGAGAAGCGCCCGGCCGGAGCCUGGCAGCAUCAGUAACAACCAAGGAAGUCGAAGUGCACGUUCCUUAGCCGAAGCAAUUAGGGGUCUCGGCGAGGAUGCGGCGCCAGAGGACAAGGUCCAUGCCGAUAUCCCACAAUAUUUGAAGGACCGCAAGAGGCAAUUCAAUCGGGACCGCGCAACGCUUCAGGAAGCCGGGCUGCUUCUUCCGCCGGACUACACGGAUCUUGACUUCACCGAUGAUGAAGAUAAUGGCCGGCGGCGAGAGGUCCGACCACAGUUUGGCGAUAGGAUCAAACCCUGUCGUCCUUACGAGGAUAUCGAGCUGGAAAGAUCAGCAGGUAUCAUACCCGCACCUAUAGCUCAAUAUCUACGUGAUUAUCAGGUCGAUGGCGUUGCUUUCUUGCAUGAGGCAUUCGUCUACCAGAGGGGCUGCAUCCUUGGCGAUGACAUGGGACUGGGCAAGACGGUUCAGGUUGCUGCGUUCCUCACAGCCGCAUUUGGGAAAACCGGUGACUUUCGGGACUCGAAGCGGAUGCGUAAGGUCAAGAGGCUGGGUCGGCGGUAUUACAAAGUGCUGAUUGUCUGUCCCAGCUCCGUAAUGGAGAACUGGAGGCAAGAACUGGCGCGAUGGGGUUGGUGGAAGGUCGAGUCCUAUCAUGGUUUCGGCAAAGACGAUGUACUUGAUACUGCAAAGUCAGGUCGACUUGAGGUAAUGCUUACGACCCCGGCCACUUACAGGCUGCAGAAGGAGCGUGUAAACACUGUCAGUUGGGAUGCCGUGGUUGUCGACGAAUGUCAUAACAUCAAGGAGCGGCGCUCCGAGAUCACAAAAGCAAUGACUGAGGUCAACGCACUUUGUCGCAUCGGCUUGACGGGCACGGCCAUCCAGAACAAGUACGAGGAGCUGUGGACACUCCUGAACUGGACAAACCCUGGGCGCUUUGGGACCUUUGGAGAAUGGACAACCUCCAUCAGCAGGCCUCUUACUCUGGGCCAAUCCCACAAUGCCACACUCCAGGAGCUGAGCAUGGCAAGAAAGACAGCCAGGAAGUUGGUACAGAAUCUUCUUCCGGACUACUUUCUUCGUCGCAUGAAGUCUUUGAUUGCGCAUCAAUUGCCGAAGAAGCGAGACAGGGUAAUCUUUUGUCCGCUAACUGAUCUCCAAACCGCCGCUUACGAAAGAUUCAUCGCAUCUGAAGAGGUUGAGCUUGUCCGACGGUCUGAUGAGCCAUGCGAUUGCGGAUCAGGAGAGAAAAGGGGGCAUUGCCAUUAUGCACGCUUGUCGGAUGGGCGCACAUGGAAUAGGCUCGUCUUUCCUUGUAUUCUAACCUUGCAGAAUCUGGCCAACCAUCUCACGCUGAUUGUGCCAAAGAUUGGCGAACCCGGAGACAAGGCUGAGAAGCAUCUGGCUAGGCUCCGUAUUUGCGUGCCUGACAAGUGGGAGCAACUUUACAAGCUCCGCGACUCUCCGCUCAUACAAAUGGACCCGGAAUUCUGCGGCAAAUGGAGAGUCUUGAAGGACCUGCUCAAGUUUUGGGAGGCAAACGGCGACAAAGUCCUUGUCUUCUCCCAUAGCGUCAAACUGCUACAAGUCCUUCGCGCGCUUUUUCAAACUACCCACUAUAGUUACAGCUACCUGGAUGGAUCAUUAGCAAUCGAGGAGAGACAGCAGGUUGUUGAUGAUUUCAACUCAGACCCUCAGCAGUUUGUCUUUCUCAUCUCUACGAAGGCGGGCGGUGUAGGUCUGAACAUCACGUCGGCCAAUAAGGUCGUCAUCUUUGAUCCGCACUGGAACCCGUCAUGGGAUCUUCAGGCUCAGGAUCGAGCUUAUCGAAUUGGCCAGACUCGAGACGUCGACGUAUUCCGCCUGGUCUCGCAAGGAACCAUCGAAGAGAUCGUCUACGCGCGGCAAAUAUACAAGCAGCAACAAGCCAACAUUGGCUAUAAUGCUUCAAGUGAAAGACGAUAUUUUACUGGUGUACAACAAGACAACUCUCGCAAGGGAGAAAUAUUCGGACUCGAAAACAUCUUUACAUUCCGUCCCGACCGAGUAGUGCUACGGGAUAUUGUCAACAAGACGAAUGUCGCAGAGGCCAAGGUUGGAGUAUAUCUGCAAGACAUCGAUAUUGAGUCUGCCAUCAAGGAUAGUGAGGAGGCAGGCAUCCCGAUCAAGUUAGAACCGGGGGCCAGUGGCGACGCAGAAGAGCGUGGAGCAAGCCAACUCGCCGACUUCCUCACGUCCAAAACCCAUAUUAAAUCAGGUGGUGAGAACCAACAACUAUCUUCUGCUCAUGACGCCAUACAAGCCAUUUUGUCCUCGGCGGGAGUGGGCUACACGCACGACAAUGCCGAGGUCGUUGGCACCAGCAAAGUUGAAGCUCAAUUGUCUCGCAAGGCCGAGAGAGAUCACGAGAUUGAUGAGAAGGAAGCGCUCAAAGUCCUGUUUGCUGACAGUCAAGAUGUUGACGCGAAUUCGCUAUACAAGCAUGAUCGGGAGGCUUGGGAUGUGGACGAGAUGGGAGAAGGUGAUGACUGGCAGAGCAAGCGUCCCGAAACAUGGUUCCGACCUCGGCUGCGAUAUAACCCUCCACAAGAUGUGAGACUGCGACAGUUCUGCUCCAUGGCGAAGGAGUUCGGCUUCAGCAAUGCUAUAGAUUUUGCAUUGGUGGUAGAGAGCUGGACACAAGAGCAGCGGAGGAACUGCCUCGAUAUAUUCUACAAACGAAGGGAGUCUGAGCUGCUCAAGACAACCCUGGCUGGCGAGGCAAAGAAACUAGUCAAAAAUGAACCCGAAGUCAAGACAGAUUCGGCUUCAGCCCGCAUAAAGACCGAAGUACUGGAGGAGAAUGGAAUGAUUGGUAUCGAGGAAUUUCAGACCAAAUCCGAGGUUCCCAUCAAAACCGAAGCGGGGGUUGCCGACUCAAAAGUGAAGAUGGCACCGAUGAAUGAUGAGACCGAGAGCGACCCGGAUGAUUGUGAUGCGGUCAAGGUGAAGGACGAGGAUAUGAGCAAGAUUGAACGUGAACCAGGGCUGGUCACGACUAAGAGGCAGUCAGCAAUAUUCUUGUUUGACGACGAUGAUGAAGAUGACGAGCUGUGA